UCAGGAUUUGAAUUGAGAAACGUUAGGCGCAGACCUAGUUGUGCGUGUUUCCGCCGAACUCUUGACGUAAUUUUACCGCUGACAAUAGUCUGCCUCAUCUACGCCAUCAGCAUUCGCAAACCGACGCCGGAACGUUCAGAAAUCGGGUCGGCUCUUAAACCAGCUGUGGAAAUCCGUAAGGUGGGAAACUUCAAACUUACGAGUCUUGAAAGGGUUCAAGGAAGCGCUGGACUCGUGGCCGAGGUGAACCACGACAUUGGUGACGCAGCAAGAGAUGGGAUGAUUACUCGUGAGCUGACCCGCAUCCAGAAGGGAGAGCGGCCCAUCGAGCCAAAUAUGAUUUCUGAAAACAAAAGCUACCCCGACUACUACCUUGUUCCACGAGUGUAUAAUCAUAAUGUGUCUCGACUUUUUAGAAACAUCACCAAAACGUCGACAGAUCACAAGUUAUUUAUUCCGAUUCCCCAAGAGGCGUAUCUCAUGGAAAAUAAAAGUUUCUUUGAGAUUAAACCGUCCAUUCAUCCCGUGAACCAUUCGUUCUCAUUUUUAAUCACCGGAGAGUCCGUCUGCCAAGAAACCCCCUUUCUGUUGGUGGUCAUCCCGUCAGUGAUUGAUCACCGUGAAAUGCGGGAGGCGAUUCGCCGUACCUGGAUCAAGGCGGCCGAGACGAACUCAUGGCCCCGGGCCAACGUCACGGUGAGGCUCAAACACAUUUUCUUAUUUGGGUAUAAUAAAAACUCUAAGUUGCAAGAUUUCAGAAGACUUCUCCGCGAAUCCCACGAACACAGAGACGUGGUUAUGGUCGAUUUUGAAGACUCGUACAGGAAUUUAACCAUAAAAAUACUGUCGGGCUUAAGGUGGAUGACGUCGUUCUGUCCUCGGGCUGAGUUCCUGCUCAAAGUUGACGAGGACACGUUCAUCAAUGCCCCCCUGAUGACGGAGUUACUCCUCCGCGUCCGCCAGGAAGAGCGGACUGGAAAAUACGUUUUAGGGCUCAGGCACGCGUACAGGCAACCCGUGGUGGCGAGACACGGGAAAUGGGCUGUCAGCAAGGAAGAAUACCCCUUGGACUACUACCCACAUUACUUGUACGGACACACCUAUGCCAUUAGCAGACUUGGUGUUGGUGAGCUUCUGGACAAGUCAAAGUACGCGCGAAUAAUCGCACCGGAAGACGCCUACAUAACGGGGAUAUUACCGAAAAUUUCCGGCAUUCCACGCUUGGGCGCCCCGAGUUUCGCCGUCUGCUGUAGGCUGAUCUACGAUUGUGAAGUCGUCUGGAACCGUCGGGUUGCCCUGACAGCCGUGGUGAACACCAAGACACUCAACCAGCUGUGGGCCAAUGUCCUGGGUGAUGUGUGUGACAAGGACGUUGCUUUCAUUGAUGGUAGAUUAAUAAAAUGAGAUUAAAAUGGAGCUGGACAAGUGUUCUAAACUUCUCAACUUGUUUGCUAUCGCUGAUGAGGCACUGGGACAUCAGCGAAUAUUAAGUGUUGUUUAAAUAGCGCCGACGUCAACACAAAAAAGCAUCGGUACACGAAUGUAUUUAAUAAUAUUGUGAUAAGCGUUUAAUUUACAUACGGCAUUGUAGCCCAAAGCCUAAAGACGUUUAAAACGCUAUUAAAAAAGAAAAUUACUAUGAAAAUUGUUGCAAAUUUUCUUCAAAGGAAUUGAAACCGAACUCAUUCAAAGUUAAGAAGAUUUUGCUUUAAGUUAAAUAAAAUGUGUUUUUUUUUUUAAUGAGAUAAAAAAUAUCAAUUCUCCAGUGUUAAAUUUUUAAGUUCGCAGCAUUUGCCUAUUGAGGAGAAACCAAUUUAAAAACAUAAGUAAAAAUGUAACCCGUCUACUUUGAACCAACCAUUGCAUUUGCAUUAGGAAUAAACUAAAAACAACGUAAGGCCUUCAUGAGGAGUCUGUACCAGUAUAUAUAUGACUAGAGUAAAACUCUAAAUUAAAUUAGAUUUUUGAUGACUUCAUAUGUGGAUAAUUCUUACCCACUUAACGCCCCUGGCCAUAAUCUUAACACCGGCAGCGCUCUGGAGUCAAUACUUUUUUGUACCGGCAGCGCUCUGGGGUCAAUACUUUUUAGUACCGGCAGUGCUCUGGAGUCAAUACUUUUUAGUACCGGCAGCGCUCUGGAGUCAAUACUUUUUAGGACCGGCAGCGCUCUGGGGUCAAUACUUUUUAGUACCGGCAGCGCUCUGGAGUCUAUACUUUUUAGUACCGGCAGCGCUCUGGGGUCAAUACUUUUUAGUACCGGCAGCGCUCUGCAGCUAAUAAUUUUCAGUACCGGUAGCCCACCGAAGCCAAUAAAUAUCGGUCCUGACAGCAUUGGGGCCAGAAAAACAGCCCGAUGAUUAUCACCUGGUGACAUCUCUUUCAAUCUGUAUGUUAUGAAAUCUCGCAUUUUUAAAACCAUAUAUCGCACAUGUACUGGUCAUUGAAAUCUCAACAUCACGCUCUUUGAAUUUCGUAAGGUUAAACAUAAUUGGGUGCUGGGUGGCCGAAUGUUAGUGGUCUGGAGUUCAAUUCCAGCCAGAGCCCAGUCAAGCAAUAACACCACCAGCUCCCCGGGUAGAUGAGACUCGUUAACCUUGGAUUGGCAAAUCAUCUAAGAGAAGGAAACUCUGAAAUCAAACCCGGAGAUGGAGUCCCGAAAGGCGGAUGGCAUUGAUACAGAGAAACAUUCCGGCAACUCCUGCGACGUCACUGGCGCCAAGUUGUGUCGUCCAAUGAUGUUCCCUUGGGUUACCCAGCGGCGUGGAGAGAGGCGAUUUGCUGUUGGGAACCAGCUUAUAAUCCUUAAAGUAUAAUCCCAGGCCAUGUGGAUUUCGUCCUCCGAAGCCCACUCCAUCGUCACAUUGUGACGGACGGAUGCCAGCAAAAAAAAUUAUUAUUUUCUGUCAAGACAUUCUGAUACUGUGGUUUGAACAACGAGGUGGAGAUUACAUUCCUCCUAUUCUGAUUCUGCUUUUGUUUUGUCUGCACUCAAAAUUUCAGCAGCGUACGUUGUUUUCAAAACAGUUUUGUCUUGAGCUUGGCGUUACAGAUUUCUAUCAAUUGACUUGCAUAAUAAUAUUUAACCCUUAGGUCAGCUCUCGUGGUUGCCCUUGGGUAUAGCUAUUAGGAG